UUGUAUCGUCCACGUGUGAUGGUUAAGGUUAUGUUUUCUAUGAACACAUCAAAAGUAAUCAUUUAUGUGUGAAAUUAGAUUUAAUUAUACAGGGAAAAAUUAUGGCUUCGUAUCGUAUACAUAACAUAAGAUUUUACAAUUUGGAGCCGAAAUCUGUGACCUGCCUGUGUCAUGAAUCGAAAACGAAAAAGUUAGCCCUUGCAAGGAGCAACAACUCUAUAGAAAUCUGGAAUGUGGAAAAUGCACCAUUUAUCGAAUGCGCUAUAGCUGGUCAUGCCGAGAACUCAGUGGAAAGUAUACUCUGGAUUGAUUCCAGACUGUUUUCCACAGGUCUUCAGGGUGUGGUAAUCGAGUAUGACUUAAAAACACUGAGUGUUAAACAUGAAAUCAUAGUGAUAGGAGGAGCAGCCUGGUGCAUGGAUAUAAAUCAAGAAAAGACUCGCUUGGCCGUUGGCACAGAGGAUGGAUAUAUCAAUACUUUCACUGUACAUAAAGAUAAACUGAUUUAUGAGAGAAUAUUUGAUAAGCAGAAUGGGAGAAUUUUAUGUAUUAAAUGGGAUAACACGGGUGAGAUGAUUUACACAGGUUCCACGGACACCAUCAGAGUAUGGAGUGCCAUAUCUGGACAUGCAAUACAUAAAAUGACAACUUCUAAAAAUAAUAUAAAGGAAGAGACUAUAGUUUGGUGCCUUGCAGUCACCGAUGAUAAUAUAAUAAUAUCCGGUGACUCUCUUGGCUUUUUAAGCUUCUGGGAUCCUCAGAUGGGAGUCCUAAUAGAGUCUCAUGAAAGUCAUACAGCUGAUAUAUUAGCUAUCACCUUGUCUCAUGAUAUGAAUGUGGUAUAUUGCGCGGGUGUAGACCCAGUUGUACGGAGCUUUUGCAAAAUUAUCAUGAAAUCAAGUGGAAAACCUCAAUGGGUGAAAGGAAUUGAGAGGAGAUUACAUGUUCACGAUGUCAGAGCACUUGCAGAAGCUAAUGGAAAACUUUAUUCGGCUGGGGUAGAUGGGUACCUUGCUGUGUCAAGUUAUCCACCAAAAAAUCUUGUAAAAUAUCCUCCACUACUGCAAUCACCCUGUGCCAUAAUUUGCCGAAAAUCUAGAUGUAUCUUAUUACGUUACAGAAAUUAUCUAGAAUUAUGGAGACUUGGUUCAGCCACUAAAGAUCCUCCAGAAUUAGUACGCUCUUCCAUGCUGCAUCAAUUGGAUGAAGAACCCAUAAAGCUACUGCAAUUGCAAACAAAGGGUGACGAAAGCAUCAUUUCUUGCGCCAUUAACAAGGACUCAAAAACUAUCGUGUACUCGACAGACACUCAUGUCAGAGUUUUCAAUUUUGAUGUGGUGGAAGGAGAUGCUAUGUUAUCUAGAAAUGAUACCGAUUUGUCUAUGAAACGAAUACAAAAGAUGCUUUUUAGUCCAAAUGGCAAGUUAUUUGUCGCUAUUAACAACGACGGCAAUGAGAAUACCGUGACGCUAUUCAAAGUGGAUAAGAAGAGCCUAAGUUUGAUUGGAUCGUUCCAGACAACGAAGGAAUCUAUUGCAAAUAUCAGUCUCGUGUGUUUUUCUCCAGACAACAAGUAUCUUGUAUGCGCAGAUCGGCAAUACGGAAUUGCAGUGUAUUUUAUUGGUGAUGGUAUAACGGCAGAGUCGCUCAAGGCAUGGCGAUUACCCAAGUAUAGUUGUCCAGCGACGGCAAUAGCCGUGCAAAAAAAUACGUUAAAUCUGGUCAUAGUAUAUUCUGACCAUAAGAUCGUCGAGUACAAUGUUCCUACGAAGAGUUAUACAGAGUUUUCUCAACAUUUGCAAAGCCGGUUAUCGAAACAGUGGUUGGCGCGUCCAUUCCCAAUAACAAACAUUAUAUUCGAUCCACGCAAUGAGAAUAUUAUAAUCAUGCAGGAUGAUUCAAACGUGUAUAUUAUUAAUAAAAACAGUGAAUUAUCAGAAAAAGAGGCAAAAAUUUUUAAGCGUGAAAAUGGAGAAAGUGCAGAAGAUAGCAAUUCGAUUUCCAGCUCACAAUCUCAACAUACAUUUCAAGUUGCCAAGAAAUAUAAGCACCUUGUUUACUUAAAUUGGCUGAACAAUGAAGAGUUGGUAGCGGUUGAGGUAAAUCCUACUUCCUUGUUGGAGAAAUUACCACCCACGUUAAAACAGAAAUUUUUUGGUAUAUAAAUAUUGUAUAU